AUGCGUCUCUCAACCUUCCUAGUCCCCGUCGCCAGCAUCCUCGGGUUGGCCUGCGCGCAGAUCGGCGCCAUCAACACCGCCCUCGCCGACAUCCGCAACGACGUCGACGCGGUCAAGAACGCCUUCAACGCCGGCACGCCCGCGGGCAUCACCUCGUCCUUCACGGAGCUUGACGACUCCAUCUCGGCCGCCACGACCGUCGUGAACAACAGCCCUGCCAUCGGCCUCCUCGACGCCCUCAGCCUGGCCAACACCAUCGGCAGCCUGCAGACCUCCAUCGACCAGGCCUUCACCGUCCUCAAGGCCAAAAGGACCGCCGUCGACGCCCUGGGCCUCACCGGCGCCGUUAGGACCUCGCUGGUCGGCCAAAGGUCCGCCGUCGACAUGCUCGGUGGCAAGGUCAUCUCCAAGGUGCCCGGCAUCGUUAAGGGUACCGCCAGGUCGUUUAUGGCCCAGCUGGACGCUUCCUACGCCGCGGCUAUCGCUGCCUCCUCGUAG